AUUCACAGUUUCAUUCGGUCACGGAUAGUGGGCGUAACAACAUGGCUGAGGUACCAAAAAUCACGGACUUUCAUAAAGUGGUCGAGCCCCACUUGCAUGGCGCAACGCUCGAAUCAUAUGAGAGCUCUUAUCUAACCAAGCCAGGAGAUAAUUAUGGCAGUAUUAUGCUUUCAAUUAAAGCUAAAAUUAAGCAGCCCAAUGGCAACAAAGAGGAAUUACCGCUAAUUGCAAAGCUGCCCCCAUUAACUAACGAUCUGUACUGGCAGCUCUUUCAUCCAGAACGUACUUGCAUCACUGAGAAUACUGUCUACAAGAAUUUGGGGCCCGAGCUGGACAAACUUCAACUGGAGGCCGGUGUGCUGCCCACCAAACUAUUCGAUGGCUUUUCUCGUUAUUACGGAUCACGCAUAUCGCUCAAUGAAAACUCUACAGUAGUAGAUCGAGACGCUUUAUUGGUGCAGGAAAAUCUUACAGUGCGAGGCUAUAAGCCUGGCAACAGACACGAUAGCUACGAUCUGGCACACACCGUGCUUAUACUACACUACUUGGCUAAGUUUCAUGCCCUGCCCAUAGCACUGCGCUUGAAGAAACCAAAGGUUUUUUAUGAAAAAAUACGCCCCCACUUUAAUAAAUUCGAUAUGAAUGAAAAUAUGGAUCCAUCCAUGAAAGAUAUGCUAAGUACUGAAACCAUAGCGGAUGUCAAGCUUGUAGCCAAGGACAAUGAAAAGGAUAUCAAGCGUGUAGAUGAGCUCUUCGAGCUGUAUAACGCCUGUAAUGCGGGAUUAGAAGCGGAUGAUGGACCCUAUACUUCAAUAACUCACAUGGAUCUCUGGAUAAAUAACUUAAUGGUGAAAUACGAUGAGACUGGUGUACCUGCUAAAUUAAAGUUUAUUGACUUUCAAAUUACACAGUAUGAGUCCGUUGUACAUGAUAUAAUAUUUUUAUUGUUGUCGAGCGUGGAUACGAAAGUCGUGGAGGAGAACUACCAUCAUUUACUGCGUAUAUAUUAUAAUGAAUUUAUCAACACAUUAAACAGAAUGAAUGUGUGCACUAAGGCCUACAGUUUUGAAAGUUUUAUGGCCGAGGUACAAAGAGUAGCCCACUUGCAGAUUCCACAUGCACUCUUUAUGGUCAAGGUUGUGCUAGCUGACAAUAGUACGCUGCCAAGUGAAUUUAAGGAUAUGGACAUGUCUGUGCUAUCAAAAAACAGAGGCAAGGAAACAAUUUUAAAUAAGGUUGCCGACAUCAUGCACUUGGCAAAAAAAUUUAAUUUCUUUUAUUAAGCAACUAGAUUACAAAUAAAUUGUUUAUC